AUGCUGGGGAGAAAGGUUCUUCAGCUUGUUAAUGGAUUUGUCCUGCUGGCUCUGUGUAGACCCUCACUCCAGGGAGGAGUCUACAUACCAGGUGCAGGAGGAGGUCCUGGAAAUGGACUUGUACCAGGUGUUGGUGGUACAACAGGCGGUAUUGGAGCUGGACCUGGUACUGGAAUAGGUUCUGUAGGAGGGGUAGGAACAGGAUUUGGUCCGGGAGGAAUAGGGACCGGAGUCUUUCCAGGAGGUGGAAUAGGAACUGGAGCAGGAGUUCAACCUGGCAGAGGUUUUGGUUACAAGCCAGGAAAGACAGUAGGUCCCGGCACUGCUGGAACUAGAUUUGGUACUGGUGGAGCAGGUCUUGGAACUGGAGGAUUUGGUCCUGGCACUGGCAUAGGUGCUGGUGGCUUAGGUGCUGGAGGGCUUGGAGCAGGUUCUGCUGUAAAGCCCCAGAAAUCAGGAUUGGGUGGACCUUUUGGAACUGGUGGUAUUGGUACUCGACCUGGUCCUGGUGGAUUUGGUCCUGGGGGCACUGGUAUUGGAGGUGUUGGUCCUGGGGGUACUGGUUUUGGAGGUGUUGGUCCUGGAGGUUUUUUUCCUGCAGGAAUUGGACCUGGAGGCACUGCAAUUGGCACUGGUGUUGGAGGACUUGGAGCAGGAGCUGGUGGCAAACCACCCAAAACAGGUUUAGGAUAUGGCACUGGUGGUCUUGGAACUGGUGCUUUAGGAGCUGGAUUGGGACUUGGUGGUAGAGGACCAGGAGGAGUAGGUCCUGGAGGUUUUGGAGCAGGAGGAGUUGGUCCAGGAGGUCUUGGAGCAGGCGGAGUGGGUCCAGGAGGUCUUGGAGUUGGUGGGGUUGGUCCUGGUGGACUUGGAAUAGGUAUUAGGGGAAAACCACCAAAAACAGGUGUUGGACUUGGUCCUGGAGGUGCUGGUACUGGCCCUGGUGGAGCUGGAUUUGGUCCAGGUGGCACUGGAUUUGGACCAGGUGGAGCUGGAUUUGGUCCAGGUGGAGCUGGAUUUGGUCCGGGUGGAGCUGGAGUUGGUCCAGGUGGAGCUGGAUUUGGUCCGGGUGGAGCUGGAUUUCGUCCAGGUGGAGCUGGAUUUGGUCCAGGUGGCACUGGAUUUGGACCAGGUGGAGCUGGAUUUGGUCCGGGUGGAGCUGGAUUUGGUCCGGGUGGAGCUGGAUUUGGUCCAGGUGGCACUGGAUUUGGUCCAGGUGGAGCUGGAUUUGGUCCGGGUGGCACUGGAUUUGGUCCCGGUGGCACUGGAGUUGGUCCUGGUGGAGCUGGAGUUGGUCCGGGAGGAGCUGGAGUCGGUCCAGCUGGAGCGCCAAUUUUGCCACAAACUGGAACACCUGGUACUGGAACAGGUUUUGGUCAGAAAAUUGGCAAGCCAGGGAAGGCACCAGUACCAGGUGUCAGUGUUCCUGGAUUGUAUCAAGGUGGUAUUGUUCCUGGACAAGGUUUUGGUGGCCAAGGAGUUCUGCCAGGUGUAGUCACUGGAUCUCAAACUGCUCAGCUUGGUCAAGGUGGACUUGGAGCCAAUGGUGGUCGUGGGACCUUUGUUGGACAACAACUACCAGGGGUGUUUCGUGGAUAUCCUCUGCUUUCACCAAAAUCUGGAGGCUCAGCUAAAUCUCAAGCUAAAGCUGCUAAAUAUGCGGCUGGUGGACUUGGUGGUGCUGGUGCUGUACCUGGAGCAGGUGGCAUUCCUGGUGCUGGUGUAGUGCCUGGAGCAGGUGGCAUACCUGGUGCUGGUAUAGUGCCCGGAGCAGGUGGCAUACCUGGUGUUGGUGUAGUGCCUGGAGCAGGUGGCAUUCCUGGUAUUGGUGUAGUACCUGGAGCAGGAGCAGCAGCCAAAGCAAGGAAGUAUGCCUCCGGAAUUGGAAUGGGUGGACUUGGAGCUGGUGGACUUCCUGGCUCUGGACUUGGAGCUGGUGGACUUCCUGGUGCUGGACUUGGAGCAGGUGGACUUCCUGGCUCUGGAUUCGGAGCUGGUGGACUUCCUGGCGCUGGAUUCGGAGCUGGUGGACUUCCUGGCGCUGGAUUCGGAGCUGGUGGACUUCCUGGUGCUGGAUUCGGAGCUGGUGGACUUCCUGGUGCUGGACUUGGAGCUGGUGGACUUCCUGGUGCUGGAUUUGGAGCAGGUGGACUUCCUGGUGCUGGACUUGGAGCUGUUCCUGGGGGAUAUGCUGAAGCCAAAGCUCGGAAAUAUGCUCAGCUUGGAGGUCCUGGUGGAGCGUUAGGUGCUGGAGGAUUGCCAGGAGGAAUUGGGACUGGCAGUUUUCCUGGCAGCGGUCUUGGUGCUGGUGUCCUGCCUGGUGUUGGAGUUGGAGGAACAGUUGGCCAACCUGGUGGAGGUGUUGGACUGCUACCUGGUGGAGGCCUUGGGCCUGGAGGGCCAACUGGUACUGGAAUUGGAGGAUAUGUAUCUGAGGCAAAAGCUCGUAAAUAUGGUCUUGUUGCUGGAGGAGCAACUGGUGGUGUACCUGGUGGUUUUGGACCUGGAGGUGUACCUCUUGGCAGAGUUGGACCUGGAGGUGUACUAGGAGGUGGAGUUGGACCUAAGGGGUACGCUGCAGCCAAAGCUCGCAAAUAUGCUGGAACUGCAGGAACAGGACUGCCUGGUGGUUUAGGAGGGGUGCCUGGUGGUGGAGUUGGACCUGGAGGAGUAGCAGCUGGUGGCUAUGGACCUGGAGGAGUAGCAGCUGGUGGAGUUGGACCUGGAGGAGUACUAGUUGGAGGCUAUGGACCUGGAGGAGUACCAGUUGGUGGCUAUGGACCUGGAGGAGUAGCACCUGGUGGUGGAGUUGGACCUGAAGGGUACGCUGCAGCUAAAGCUCGCAAAUAUGCUGGAACUGCAGGAACAGGACUGCCUGGUGGAUUAGGAGUGGUGCCUGGUGGUGGAGUUGGACCUGGAGGAGUACCAGUUGGUGGCUAUGGACCUGGAGGAGUAGCACCUGGUGGCUAUGGACCUGGAGGAGUAGCACCUGGUGGCUAUGGACCUGGAGGAGUAGCACCUGGUGGCUAUGGACCUGGAGGAGUAGCAGCUGGUGGAGUUGGACCUGAAGGGUACGCUGCAGCCAAAGCUCGCAAAUAUGCUGGAACUGCAGGAACAGGACUGCCUGGUGGAUUAGGAGGGGUGCCUGGUGGUGGAGUUGGAUUAGGAGGAGUAGCAGCUGGUGGAGUUGGACCUGGAGGAGUACCAGUUGGUGGCUAUGGACCUGGAGGAGUAGCACCUGGUGGCUAUGGACCUGGAGGAGUACCAGUUGGUGGCUAUGGACCUGGAGGAGUAGCACCUGGUGGCUAUGGACCUGGAGGAGUAGCACCUGGUGGCUAUGGACCUGGAGGAGUAGCACCUGGUGGCUAUGGACCUGGAGGAGUACCAGUUGGUGGCUAUGGACCUGGAGCAGUACCUGGUGGUGGAGUUGGGCCUGAAGGGUACGCUGCAGCCAAAGCUCGCAAAUAUGCUGGAACUGCAGGAACAGGACUGCCUGGUGGAUUAGGAGGGGUGACUGGUGGUGGAGUUGGACCAGGAGGAGUAGCAACUGGUGGAGUUGGACCUGGAGGAGUACCAGUUGGUGGCUAUGGACCUGGAGGAGUAGCACCUGGUGGCUAUGGACCUGGAGGAGUAGCACCUGGUGGCUAUGGACCUGGAGGAGUAGCACCUGGUGGCUAUGGACCUGGAGGAGUACCAGUUGGUGGCUAUGGACCUGGAGGAGUACCAGUUGGUGGCUAUGGACCUGGAGGAGUAGCACCUGGUGGCUAUGGACCUGGAGGAGUAGCACCUGGUGGCUAUGGACCUGGAGGAGUACCAGUUGGUGGCUAUGGACCUGGAGCAGUACCUGGUGGUGGAGUUUGGCCUGAAGGGUACACUGCAGCCAAAGCUCGCAAAUAUGCUGGAACUGCAGGAACAGGACUGCCUGGUGGAUUAGGAGUGGUGCCUGGUGGUGGAGUUGGACCAGGAGGAGUAGCAGCUGGUGGAGUUGGACCUGGAGGAGUACCAGUUGGUGGCUAUGGACCUGGAGGAGUAGCACCUGGUGGCUAUGGACCUGGAGGAGUACCAGUUGGAGGCUAUGGACCUGGAGGAGUAGCACCUGGUGGCUAUGGACCUGGAGGAGUACCAGUUGGAGGCUAUGGACCUGGAGGAGUAGCACCUGGUGGCUAUGGACCUGGAGGAGUACCAGUUGGAGGCUAUGGACCUGGAGGAGUAGCACCUGGUGGCUAUGGACCUGGAGGAGUACCAGUUGGAGGCUAUGGACCUGGAGGAGUAGCACCUGGUGGCUAUGGACCUGGAGGAGUUGCAGCUGGUGGAGUUGGACCUGAAGGGUACGCUGCAGCCAAAGCUCGCAAAUAUGGUGGGACUGCAGGAACAGGACUGCCUGGUGGAUUAGGAGGGGUAGUAGGUGGUGGAGUAGGACCAGGAGUACCUGCUGGUGGAGUUGGAACUGGAGGUGUACCAGGAGUUGGAGUUGGACCUGGAGGAGUGACUACUGGUGGGAUUAGACCUGGAGGAGUACCAGCUGGUGGCUAUGGACCUGGAGGAGUACCAGUUGGUGGCUAUGGACCUGGAGGAGUACCAGUUGGUGGCUAUGGACCUGGAGGAGUACCUGGUGGUGGAGUUGGACCUGAAGGGUAUGCUGCAGCCAAAGCUCGCAAAUAUGGAUACCCAAGUGGAGCAGGUGGGGCUGCAGGAACAGGACUGCCAGGAGGACUAGGAGGGGUAGCUGGUGGUGGGGUACGACCAGGAGUACCAGCUGGUGGUGCUGGAGUCGGACUAACACCAGCAGGUGGAGUUGGAACAGGAGGAGGAUUAGCUGGUGGCUAUGGACCUGGAGUGGUUCCUGGUGGUGGAAUUGGACCUGGAGGUGUACCAGCUGGUGGCUUUGGACCUGGAGCAGUGCCUGGUGGUGGAGUUGGACCUGGAGGGUAUGCCGCAGCCAAAGCUCGUAAAUAUGGAUACCCAGGUGGAGCAGGUGGGGCUACUGGAACAGGACUGCCAGCCGGAGGAUUAGGAGGGGCAACUGGUGGUGGUUUAGGACCAGGGGUACCACCUGGAGGAGUUGGUCCUGGAGGUGUACCAGCUGGUGGCUUUGGACCUGGAGGAGUAUCUGGUGGUGGAGUUGGACCCGGAGGACUUCCAGGUGGUGGAGUUGGGUCUGGAGUGGUACCUGGUGCCUAUGGCCCUGGCUCAGGAGGAUAUGGACCUGGUGCAAAAGCUGCUAAAUAUGCCAGGCUAUUAGGAGCAGGAGGGGUACUUGGCACUGGAACAGGAGUAGCAGGCACUGGACUUGCUGUGCCUGGGGGCUUUGGACCUGGCUUAGGGUCUGUAUCUACAGGCGGUGGAGUACCAGGAUUGGGGGGUUAUGGCGGAUACGGAGCAGGGGCAAAACCACCAAAAUAUGGUCAACCAGUUGGUGGUUUUGGGACUGCGUUAGGAGCAGGGUUAGUGCCAGGUGUUGUUGGAACUGGAACCACAGGAACAGGGCCUGGAGUUGCAACUGGUACAGCAACUGCUAUUCAGCCAGGAGGAGUUCCAGUCACAGGCAGCAAGGCAGCUAAAUAUGGAGUUCCAGGUGUCGUCUCAGGAGCAGUAGGAGGAACAGCUGUUCCAGGAAGCACACCAGGAGAUAACAUUACCAAAUCAGAGGCUGAUAAAGCGGCUGAGACUGGUAACACCACUGCAGAUGGUCCAGGUGGAACUAAAGCCCCCAAGCUGGGAGAAGCAGGUGGAGCAUCUGAGGGAUCUGGCAGUUCGAUUGGCGGCGGCCCAGGUGAAGCAGUUACCGGUGGACAGACUGAAGGGGAUGGACCUGACAGAGGAAAUGCAACAGGAAUACCAAUCUUGGCCAAACCAGAUGGAGCUGGUGAUCCACCAGGAGCUGAUCCUCUAAAACCUCCAGGUGGUGUCAUACCUGGACGUGGAGAUACUCCAGGUUCAGUUAGUGGAGGACCAGAUGGCAGAAGUGAAGGCCCAGGUGGACUUAGUGGCGGUCCAAGCGGUGCUGGAGUUGGGCCUGUUAAUGUUAGUGGAGUGCCCGGUGGAAUUGGUGCCAGUCAGCUCGGAGUUGGAGGUGGCCCAGGUGGAGCUGUAUUAGCCCUUAAACUAAGCAAAGGCUACUUAGGAGCUGGAGCCCUCGGUGGAGCAGGAGGCGCAGGUGGAGUAGGAGGAGUUCCUGGUGGUGUUGGCACUGGCCUAGGAGGAUUUGGUGGAGGUCAAGGAGGCCUUGGUGGAGGACCUGGUCCAGUUGGCGGUGGUCUGGGUGGUCUAGGCGGAGGUUUGGGCUACCCUGGUGGUACAGGACUCAGAGUAGGCGCUGGAAAACCUCCAAAAUCAGGAUAUGGCCCAGGAUUUGGUGGAGCAGGUGGGACUGUAGCAGGAGGUCCUGGAGGUGUAGGUGGCGGACUAGGUGGCAUAGGAGGGGGACUUGGAGGCCCUGGUGGAGCUGGUAGAGAGUUUAGCACGGGGGCUUUGGGAGGUCAAGGUUUCCAGCCAGGUAGUAGAGUGCCAGGGUAUGGUGGUGGUGCCGGUGCUACCGGUGGCUUUCAGCAGCCAUACCCAGUCUAUGGUGGAGUCGGACCAGGAGGAGCUGGAACUGCACUUAAAUCUCCGCAAGCCAAAGCAGUCAAAUAUGCAGCCCUUCAGGCUCUAGGUGGUGGAAACUACAGAGGGGCGCACGGCUGCCAAAGCAAAUACUGUGGAAGGAGAAGAAAAUAAGAGUCCUCUAAAGAGCAAUGUGCUCAUAAAGAAGUGGUGCUACUGCCUAAUCUAGAAUGUACAUCUCUAUUCAGUGCUACUUUCAGCUAUUUCAUUAGGUUUGAUUUAAAGAGGUGUGCAAUGUGUUCUCACCAGUUACACAAUGUUGCUACCUUAUUAUCUCUCUAAUCUAGCUAAUUAUGUAAUCGUUCACUUUCAUUCUAGUAGCUGCAAAUUCAGACAUGAUGUCUAGGAACAUAUUGGUGCUACAUACUGUUAUAGUUCUCAUUAAGCUAAAGGUUUCAGGGCCACCUUUUUACGUACAGUUUAAAAAAAAAAUUAAUUACUUAUUAAAUAUGCUCUGAUCCUCAUUUAAGUGUACACUACAAUCCUGGGCAAUAAAUGAGCCAAACUCAAAAUUACACUUAUCUUUUAGGAAAUAGAAAUAUGAAAGUAAAUAAAUGUGCUGCUCUUUGAUUGGUUAGCAUCCUGUGCAUGAUGUAUUCCUGCCUGCACCCCAUCAAGCAGUUAGUGAUGAUUAAUACACAAAUGAAUUGGUUUACAUAAAUUAUAAAUCCUUGUAUUUAAUAACUUGUAUUUAAUAAGAAACUAGUUUAGGUAAAAUUUGUAUGUUACUGAAUGUUGGUCAAAGUAAUACAUUCAAAAAUCCAGGUAAUUCCAACAUUCAUAAUUUGUAAUUCUUUUCAACUGGACUCUCAUCUGACAGUGUAAUUUUACUGAGGGGGAGUGAUGAACGGCCUCCCUAUGAGUGUCUGUGUUUUUUUUUGUUUUCAUUUGUACUGUUGUUGAGAAGAAUUUUAGUCAGGUGUUUGAUAAUAUUUUUGAAAGAUAAUAUUUUUGCUGAAGAGACUGCAUUUUUAAAAUACAUACAAUUACAAGUUCAUGACAGAUGGGAGUUUAAAAAAUUUAGUAAGACCUAAUCUUCUUGUUGCUUUUUUUUUUUUUUUUACAUAUUUAACCUAAGUAUUAUGUAUGUAUGUUGAGUGCUUUUUAUUACAUGUUUUUUACUAUUGUCCAUUGUUAAAUGUAAUGUUAUUUGCAUAAAAUGAAAAUUGCAAAACAAAUGUGACCUGUGAUUACGGAGAUGAAAAAGCAGCCAUAGAAUAUUGUUUACCACAUGAAGAUUUGUAAUGUUUAGCUUUUAAGUCACAAUUUUAA